UAGGUAACAACGACCAUGUAGAAGUGCGUAGCUCCUUACUCAAAUCUCAUCUUCGGAAUCAGUGUACUAUCUAUACGCUGACAUGCUAUAGUCAAAGAUUCCUAUUAGUAUUAGCAUAGAGAUAUACAGAAAAUUAAAACGUGCUCUCAUUAAGCCGUAAUUAGCGUAACUGACAAACAAAGGGGAAAACUCAAUCGUCGACGGCCAUGCGUCAUUCAGCUGGGAAUUACAAGGAGUUAGCCAUGUCAAGUGUUGCUACGGACGAUACGAAUAAGAAAGACGAGUUUGACUUUGUUGCUACUGGAAAUGGGGAGUCGAAAGGAGUACCGGCCCAUGCUAGUACAUUAAAAUAUAAAGUCAAAGAUGUGCCUCCCAUUCCGGUCACGUUAAUGUCUGCCCUGCAGCACAUCCUACUGAGUAUAUCCGGAUGUUUGACCACGUCAGCUGUAGUUGCAGAUGUUGCCUGUGUUCCCGACGACCACCCUGUCAGGUCUCAGCUUUUCUGUACCACACUAUUCAUGGUGGGAGUAUGCACGCUGAUGCAGACUGCAAUAGGUGUCAGGUUACCUAUAUUUCAAGGACCAUCGUCAUCUUUCUUGGUUCCACUGCUAGCCCUACAACGAGAUCCCACGUGGAAUUGCUCUAAUAUUUACGAUGUUAACAAUGACAACAGUGAGUUCCAGGCUAAUGUUACUAUGGCAACAAAUGUGUCCACCAUGGCCGGCGGUAUAGAUCCACUCCCAGGCAUAAAGUGGAGAUUGCAGCAGAUGGGCGGAGCCUUGAUGGCGGCAUCUUUUGUGGAAGUUAUUCUUGGAGGUUUUGGACUUUUAGGUUUUAUCUUAAGAUUCAUUGGGCCUAUUACAGUUGCAUGUACCAUUUCUCUCAUUGGUGUGUCACUUUACCGUUUGCCCAUCAUAUACGGAAGACCAAAUUUUAUUGUUGCCCUUUGUUGCCUGCUGCUUGUUUUAACCUUCGUACUCUACCUCAACAAAGUCAAACUUCCGUUACCGAAAUGUGGCAAGGGAAAGAAUCUGAAAGGACGGCCAAGGUUCGCCAUUUUCCAAUUAAUUCCCAUUCUAUUGGCAGUGGUCAUCAUGUGGAUAGCCUCCUGGAUUCUAACCUUGUGCAAUGUCUUCACUGAUGACAGAAAUUCCACGGCAUACAAAGCAAGAGCCGAUGCCAAGCUGGAUAUAAUCUAUUCCUCCAACUGGCUACAGCUCACGUAUCCAGGUCAAUUUGGUGCGCCUAAGAUCCACAUUGCUUUGACAAUAGGAUUCAUCGUGGCGUGCCUAUCCUCUGUGGUGGAGUCUGUGGGAGACUACUACGCUGCCGAGAAAGCCUGCCAACUAGGCAGCCUGCCCGACCAUGCUAUCUCAAGGGGCAUCCUCGUUGAAGGCAUCGGCAGCGUCCUGUCUGGAUCCGUGGGUGCUGGUCAUGCCACGACAUCGUACAGUGGAAACAUCGCAGUCUUGACUUUAUCUAGAACAGGAAGUCGAGUUGUCAUGUACGUCGCUGCCGUGAUUCUGAUAGUCGCAUCACUGUUUGGAAAAUUUGGUGCUGCGCUGACAACUAUACCCAACCCAAUACUAGGAGGUGUUUUGAUGGUCAUCGUUGGUGCUCUGCUGACUAUUGGUCUGUCUAAUCUCCAACACGUGGAUAUGUCAUCGUCUAGAAACAUGCUGGUAGUGGGUGUGCCGUUCAUGGCUAGUAUGUCAAUAUCUUAUUGUCUGGAGCUGUACCCAGAAAUCAUCGCUACAGGUGUUAAGGAUCUGGACAGGUCGCUGCAUGUGAUGCUUAGCACACCUAUGUUCUUGGGCGGCUUUCUGGCCAUGUUAUUGGACAACACUGUUCCAGGUUCAUUGGAGUCACGUGGUAUGAAACAUUGGCAGAGUCAGGACGAGAGUCAGAGAAAUAAAGAGAACGAUGAUAUCUUCACCUGGUCCUUCUACCCAACUCUAGUCAAAGUGUUUCCCUUUGUAGUUUCUCUCCCUUUCAUGCCCAAACUUAUCUCCCAUGAUUCUGAAAACAUUUUGGAUGGGGAUGUAGAGUCGCCUACCUUAUGACCCAGUUGAUACAAUACUAUUGCUGUUGUUUAUAAUUAAAACUCAUUUAGUUAUGUA